CGAUGAUCGCAUUACACAAAUGAUGAUGGCUCCGCACGAUUGUAUUUUGUCGUAGCAGACAAUUAUCUUUGUUUCAUCAUGAUCAUUUUCAUCAUUCUUUCCGGGAAAUGGCAGGACUAGAUCGGUGAGACUCUCCAAGAUUUCAAAAUGACACUUAUAGCAUUAUUUAGUCGCUUUGUGCGUGGAACUUUGUUCAAAUAUGAAACAGUUGCGUUGGUGUUCGCACUGUUGUUUCUCUACGGCUAUGUCUUCCAUCGAGAUCACAUAUUGCGCUCGGUGUUCAGACGGACGCUAAUGCAUUCAGACGCCGGGCCCGGGCCGCCAGUGCUGAUGCGGAUUCCUGGUCUGAAUAAAGGGGGACUCGCUGGUAGGAGUAAUGGGCAUUUGAGGUACAGUCAUAGUCACAGAUCUAGCCAUAAACAAUUUGAAAGUCAAAAUGAUGUGGCACAUUGGGAACUCCGAGAGGACAAUGUUGCGGUGUAUUCAAUACAAGGACGACGACCGGGGAUGGAAGAUCGCUUCGAUUACGCGACGGGAGAGAAGGAUGGAGUGACAGAAAAAUUUUGCGGGAUUUAUGAUGGACAUGGAGGAGAGUUUGCAGCAGAAUUCACAGAAAAGUUACUCUCCCAAGCAGUCCUAGCCCGCCUUGCUACGGCUAAACGAAGACAACUGCCCGUCAAUCACUCACAGAUUCUCGUCGAAGAAAUAUUAGCUGUCGACGAAAAAUUCCUCACUGUCGCAAAGUCAAAUGAAGAUAUGGCAGGUUCAACAGCUCUUGUAGCCUUGAUAACAGACUCGGAUGUGAUCGUCGCAAACGUCGGAGAUUCUCGUGGUGUUAUGUGCGACGGAUCCGGCAAAACUGUCCCUCUUUCCUACGACCACAAACCCCACCAUCCCCAGGAGCGCAAACGCAUCAAGAAAGCUGGAGGUUUUAUCGCUUUCAACGGCGUCUGGCGCGUUGCAGGAAUCCUCGCCACCUCCCGUGCCAUCGGAGACUACCCGCUCAAGGAUCACAAGUUUGUGGUCGCCGACCCCGACAUCUUGUCCUUUGACCUCGAUGAACACAAUCCCCAGUUCCUGAUCCUUGCCACCGAUGGAUUGUGGGAUACCUUUACCAACGAAGAAGCCGUCCAGUAUAUCAAAGAGCGAUUAGGGGAGCCACAUUUUGGUGCCAAAAGCCUCGUCCUUCAAGCGUUCUACCGGGGUUCCAUGGAUAAUAUAACAGUAAUGGUGGUGAAUCUGAGUAGACAUCGUUCAAAUUCAACUCAUGUGCAAUAGCCUGUCCAGAAUGUGUUUUUCUCUGUUGCUUCUGAGUUUGAUUAAUUAAAUUAUUUGUGAUUUUAUUUCAUUCCUUUGUUGCGUAUAAAUGCUUUUUGAUUUUCUUGACUGUCUACGACUUAAAAAAAAUACUAAUCAUGAAGAUAAUAUGCUUUGAUCGAUUUUGUAUUUAUCAUGGAUAUUAAAGUGUACCUGUACUUUUUACACAUUGAUUUGAAAACAUCAAACUGUACAUGAUGCCAUUCAUAAAGUUUCUUUAUCUUCCAACAAUAUUUAAUGACUUGAUUACAUGGUAGUGUGCAUCAGCUACCCCACAAAUAUACAAAUUCAGCAAAAUAAGUACCAUAUGGUAGAGCCUGAACUGCUGUGUAAAAUGUUCAACAUAUGUUCAACUAACAAACACACAAAAAA